CGGGCUCCGGGCCUUUCGAUGGCCGCGGGAGGAGCCCUCGGAGGGGCCGCCGGCCUCUGACGGCCAGGGAUGGAGGUGGGCGAGCAGGAGGAGAGCAGGAAGGAACAUUGGAAGCUUCUCGGCAACUUGAAGUCCACUGUGGAAGGCCUGGUGUCGAUCAGUAAUCCCAAUGUGUGGUCUAAAUAUGGCGGCUUGGAGCGGCUCUGCAGGGACAUGCACAGCAUCCUGUACCAUGGGCUCAUCCCAGACAAGGUGUGCUUCAGGCAGAAGGAUUACUGGCAGUUUGUGAAAGACAUUCGUUGGCUGAGCCCGCAUGCCGCCCAUCAUGUCGAGAAGUUCAUCCACCUGCACGAGGACCAGCAGCGGAGGGCGGAUGUUGUCAGCGACCGAGCCAUUGCCGAGCUGUGGCUCCAGCACAGCCUGCAGUUCCACUGUCUGUCGGCUCAGCUGAAGCCCCUGCUGGGGAACAAACAGUACAUCAGGAAAUUCUACGCAGAUUCAGCUUUUCUGCUCAGCGACGCCCACGUCACAGUUAUGUUGCAGUGUUUGGAGGCCGUGGAACAGAACAACCCUCGGCUGCUUGCUCAAAUAGACACGUCCAUGUUUGCCAGGAAAAGCGAGGCCUCCAUGCCUGCGAUCAAGAGCCAAAGUCUCACUGCUCUUCCCGGGUCCGUGUGCACCCCUCCUGCUGAGUGUGUGACCCACCGGUACUUUGGCUCCUUCUCAGGUCUUCACUCAGCCUCCGCCAGCAUGCAAGACAGGAGGCUGACAAGCACUUCCCUUUGCAGUGGUUCCAGCCAGCCUCAGGAAAAUGCCCCGUGUGCCUCUUCCCACUGGCAUCCAGAGGGGAGGUCCCUGCGACAACCGGCUGCCGCUCUUCCACAUAUUAACGUCUCUUCCCCACGGGACUGUCUCCCCACCACUGGCGAGACGAGUUCCAGCAUCUCCGCCAACCAGAACGACGAUCCCUGGGCAGGCAGCCAGGAGGACACGGACGGGCCGGAGUACCUGGCCAUCGGGAAUCUGGGCCGGCAGAACCGGGCCUGCAGCACCCCGAGCGAUUCCAGCGCAGCCGACACUGACAGCACCGAGAGCAGCACCUCCCACCUGUUCUCCUCCAGCAGCUCUCAGAAGCCGGAGUCUAUUUCAUCUCUGGGGGAGCAGGGGGCGAGCGGGUGCAGCAGCCGGGAGGCAGUCCUCUUGCGGAGGUCCAGCUUCUCAGAAGGACAGACAUUAGCCCCCCGUGGGACGCUCAGGAGGAGCCACGUGCGCUCCCACUCAGAUACCAACGUGGCCUCUGGGAGAGCUCAUGGAGGACACAGGGAUAUCAGCAUUAUACUAGAAGAUCCUGUAGCAGAGUCCCAUGGCGAUAUCUCCCUGUUCAAAAGCCACAUGUCCUGCUCUGUACAGGGCGGCGAAGCGAGCACGCCCGGUUCGGUCUACAUGGAAUACGAUUCUGGCCAGUAUCUGAACUCUGGGGAAGGGAUGUUUCGGAGACCCUCGGAAGGGCAAUCCCUGAUUAGUUAUUUGUCAGAGCAAGAUUUUGGCAGCUGUGCAGACUUGGAAAAGGAAAACGCUCACUUCAGCAUCUCCGAGUCGCUGAUCGCUGCCAUCGAGCUGAUGAAGUGCAACAUGAUGAACCGGCAGCUGGAAGAAGAGGAGGACGACAGCGAUAAGGAGAUCCAGGAGCUGAAGCAAAAGAUUCGCAUCCGGAGGCAGCAGAUCAGGACGCGACAGCUCCACCCAGCUUACCAGGAUGUCAGCUCUGACGGUUUUAUGGCAACAGACAGCGGGUCCCAGUUCAGUUCCCGAGACUCAACACAUCUGUCUGACUCAGGCUCUGCAGAAGAGGUGGACGAGUAUGAGCUUAAAGAUGCAGAUAUCAAGAGGAACGCAGCUCCCAGCAAGAAGGCCUUCCUCUCCUCUGGCUCCAGCUUCCACUCCUUCCUUCACUCGAACUCGGCAGAGGCUGUGGCCAUGGGCCUGCUGAAGCAGUUCGAAGGGAUGCAGCUUCCCGCCGCCUCGGAGCUGGAGUGGCUCGUGCCGGAGCGUGACGCCCCACAAAAGCUGUUGCCAAUUCCAGAUUCCGUGCCCAUCUCCCCUGACGACGGGGAGCACGCCGAUAUUUACAAACUCCGAAUCCGGGUCCGUGGGAAUCUGGAAUGGGCGCCCCCACGGCCGCAGAUCAUCUUCAACAUCCAUUCAGCACCAACGCGGAAAGUGGUGGUGGCGAAGCAGAAUUAUCGCUGUGCGGGCUGUGGAAUCAGGACAGACCCCGAUUACAUCAAGCGCAUGCGCUACUGUGAGUACCUGGGCAAAUACUUCUGCCAGUGCUGCCAUGAGAAUGCCCAGAUGGUCAUUCCCAGCCGCAUACUGCGCAAGUGGGACUUCAGCAAGUAUUACGUCAGCAACUUCUCCAAGGACCUGCUGAGCAAGAUCUGGAGCGACCCCCUCUUCAACGUGCAGGACAUCAACGCCGCCCUCUACCGCAAGGUCAAGCCGCUCAACCAAGUCCGGCUGUUGAGGAUCCAGCUGUACCACAUGAAGAACAUGUUCAAGACCUGCCGCCUCGCAAAAACGCUUCUGGAUUCCUUUGACAGUGUGCCUGGCCAUCUGACGGAGGACCUCCACCUCUAUUCCUUAAAUGACCUGUGCAACACCAAGAAGGGGGAGCUGGUUCCCCGCUUGACAGAGCUCUUCAAGGCGGGGACCUUGCACGUUGAGAAGUGUAUGUUGUGCCAGGCUAAAGGCUUCAUCUGUGAGUUCUGUCAAAAUGUCGAGGACAUCAUCUUUCCCUUCGAGCUGAAUAAGUGCAGGACGUGUGAAGAAUGCAGAGCCUGCUACCACAAAGCCUGCUUCCGGUCGGGGCCCUGCCCCAAAUGCGAGCGGCUCCAAGCGCGGAGAGAGAUGCUGGCGAGGCAGAGCAUGGAGGCCGACCUCUCUGACUAUGAGGAGCAGGAGGGAGAGGAGGAGCCAGCGGCCGUGGUGGCCACGUGA